GUUUAUGAAGAUGAUGUAUAAAGUCCUUAGAAUGCCAGAGAUCUUUAUUCUGAGCGGUAAAUCUCAUUAAAAGAUACAGAUUUCUGAAGAAGCAAACUAAUUGAAGAAUAAGAUUCUUUGAUCUCAAAGAUUAUUAAGAACUUCUGUAAAAAAGAACUGAAACCUUUGACAACAACGUAAGACUAACAAGAUCUUAGACAAUUUGUGAUAACGCUUGUUAAUUUAGUCAGAUACAGUAUUCAUACACACAGGAAAAGUACUUAGAACUUCAAAUCAACAUUGCGAAUGUUAGAAUUAAUUAAACACUUUUGUUUCACAGUUGUUCAACGAUUUUUUUUCUGUUAUAGAACAAAAAAAUUAUUGAUGCAUAAUUAAAAGCCAUGGAACCGUUUAUACAGACUGUCUAAAUGAAAUGCUUACAUUUUCAACAAUAAAACUGAUCGUAAAAUCUAUUAUACUUUAUGGAAUAAGAGAACGUUUGCAGGAUUUAUCGUUUUUCGAUGGUGAUUGUUUCGCCUAAUGUUUUAUUAAAAGCUUGAUACCUGAAAUUUCCAUAUACAAUGUAGGAUUAAUAAACAACUUUUUAUAAAUAAUGGUAUACUGGUUCAGAUGUAGCAUAGCAUACAUGUACAUCCUUGUAUACCUAUCUACAAUAAUAGAGUGCAAAUUUAACUGUUCCAUAUCACCCUACCUCAGAGAUCGUUGGUAUUUAGUGAAUCAACCAAGAACAAUACUUAGGGUCAGAAGGAAAAGUGUGGUCUUCAAAGAACCAGGCAAAGAAACGUUGAGAUAUAAGUGUGCUGAAAGCAAAGGAAAUACUUUUCUUCUAAGAAUUCGAGACUAUAGGCCUGGUUAUCAUGGUUACUUAUGUAUCGGAUUUGCUUACAUUGCAUAUCAUGCACGUGCAGAAUACAGCCUCGUUCGGCUAAAUGAUCCGUCUAUUGGUCACAGCUUGAUGGGACCGUUGUUGUACAGAGGAGAUUUUGGUCCCAUGUCAUUAAACGAUGUGUGUCUUGGUUCAUCAGUGCCUGUCUACUCAUAUCUCCAGAGAACAAGUCCUGGAUGCAAGUUUCCGAAGGUACUUCGUCAUUCCUGGAGUACCUCUAUAAAAAUUGCAUGGAGAGUGUCCUUUACCAAAUCUGAUUUCACUCUGACAUUAAUGAAUGGGACAGAUGUUUUAUUUAGAUGUGAGAAAAGAGAUAAACAUAUUUUUCAACUGCGAGCUAGUUCCAUAACAUCUGAUCAGGAUGGAAUAUUGUGCCUUCGUAUCAAAUCAAUACGUAACGAUCCUUUCUAUGAUUUUGAGAUUGCCCGGAUGAAUAGUGGCAGUACAGAAAUGGGAAUGAUUAUGACAAUACCACGUGGCAAACCAUUUCACAUGCACGAAGAUUGUGAUUGGAUAGACAGUCCUGCUCGUUCGGAGUUCCUUUACACUCUUCCUAAAGCAUGAUGUUCUGUUUUAUUCUAUGUAUAUUUUUAA